AUGUACUAUGCUGUGGCAGUAGCAGUGGCUAUGACCAUGGUGGCACUCACAGUUGCAUCUGCAGCAACGUUCCCCACUGCCUGGAAGCAGUCGUCGCCUGCCUACACCGCCCUGGACCUCAUCGCCGUUGCCUGCUCCUCUUCUCGCUGUGUGCUCCGUGCAGGGACGGACGAAACGGAUGCCGUGUACCCCACCCUUCUUUGGCUGCCUGCCGGUGCAUCGGUGGCACAAGCUCCACCGUCGGCGGUCUCCACGCUCGCUUCUCUCGAGUACUCGCUCUCCACCAACGUCCUGUCGUCGUCGCUGGUGGUCCUCGAGAGCGCGGCCUCGUUUUGCGCUGCCGUCUCCCGCUUCCCGAUGGAGGGCACAAGCUUCUUUGUCUUUGACGGGCCGAGCUCGGCCGGGUUGGCCAAGCCGACCGCGAGCGUGCCCGACUCGUGGCCCGGCGCGCUGGCCGCGUCGCCGUCGUCGGAUGUCGUGCUCAUGACGCCGACCGACCCGACAUACCCGCCAAACGCCCCUCCUCCGACGACCAACGCGUUCUACCUCUCUCCCGGUGGGUGCCAGAGCUGGAAGAAGAUCGACUCGCCGUGGGCACCCUCGGCGGCUGUGCCUCGCGCCGUCGGCCUUGCUGAUGGCUGGGCCAUUUAUGGCUACGAGCUCGGCGCGGCCGACGCCUACGAGAUCACUCUCGCGCCGCUGGAUGUGGCGUCGUCUGCGCAGUUUGUCAACGUCACUCUGCCGCUGGCGCGGACAAGCAAGCUGUCGAUCGCUCGCGUCCACUCGGUAGCCUCUCUUGACGGCGGCGCAAUCCUUGUUGUCGUUGUUGACGUCGUCGGCGGUGUGGCCAAGCUGCGCGCGCUGCGCGGCGAGCCAAAGACCGCUGACACCGGUCUGCACACGAUGAGCUGGUCUUUGCUUCCGACCGAGAUUGUGCUCGACGGCGUUGCCGACACGCCGUCACUGCUGCGGGUCGCGGUCUCAUCGGCCGGCAGCGGCAUUGUGCGGUGGUGGGCCGAGGCGACGCCGAGCAAUGUGACGCGGGUUGUAUUGGAUGCUGGCUUUGCCACGCCUGUUGCGACCAAGUCCAUGCCUGCACAGCGUCAUCUGAGUGUUAUCACCUCGCCAGGCUCAACCACUCAGCUCAUGGUCGCGCUUGGCGACUAUGGCUUUGUGGCGACUGCCACCGUCGACUCGGCUUCCACGCUUGCCCAGUUUGAGGUCCAUGCCAACGGGCCUGUGCCCAACGAGUGGACCGCGCUCACCUACUACCACCACGGAAAAGUGUUCCUAGCGCUCGGUGAGUCGUCGCUCCUUGUCUCGACCGACAACGGCACAAGCUGGAAGCCGUCGCCGCUGCCGCCGAUCAACCUCAGCAACAUGUUUGUCACCGAUGAUGGCUCUAUCUGCGGCUACACCUCUGGCUCGCUCAACUGCGCUGCCGAUCCGGUGGCCGGUACCAGCUGGACGUCAGUGACGCCGACGUACGGCGUUGCCGGGUUUGCUUACGGCAACGGUGUUUGGGUCUAUGCCGACGCGCUCGGCUACCAUGCCCACCUGUGGAUGGCCUCCUCGCUGACCGGUGAGUUCAAGAAGACGUACGAGGCUCGCGGCUCGGUCAUCGACCCGCUUCCUGCCUUCACCCAGCUCUUAUUUGGCGACGGCGCGUUCUGGGCCUUUGCUCAGGGCGAGACGCAUCCCAAGCUUGUGCGGUCGACCGACGGCGAACAUUGGCACGACGUCCUCCGCCCGCUCCAGGGCUGCUCCUUCUACGGCACUGUUUACGCUGCCGGGGACAAGAUCUUCCUGCAGUGCUCGCACGAGUCGGAGGUCUUUGUGUGGGGCGGCGGGGAAAAGUGGACUCGCGUUGCCACGUUCAACGGCACCAUCGACGGCGAGGAAAUCAUUGCCCACAUCUCGGCCCUUGCCGGAGGCAGCGAUGGCUAUGUCGUCUCUGCCGGCGAGAAGAUGCUCUACUCUACAGAUGGCACGUCGUUCAAGGACGUUCCUCCGCCGGCCGUAUCGCGCAAUGUUCUCCAGUUCACCCAGCUCGCCUCGGACGGUGCCGGCAACUACGUGGCCCUCGGCCAAUACGAGUACGCUCGCGGCGGCGCCUUUGUCUGGACGGCCCGGGCCUAG